AUGUCGAAACUCAGAAUUAUUCUCGCUGUUGUGCUUGUUUGCAUGGUAGCAGCAUGUUGUAUUGCCGAAACCACAGAAAGUGGAGAGUGGAAAGUUAAACUUCGUAAUGAAGAUUGUAAGAGAGAAAUGAAAUUCUCCUUGUCAGAUUCGAAUAAGGUUGCCGAAAUUGAAUCCACUGGUGGAUGUAAAUCAAAGGACCCAGAAGGACUUAUUCAAGGUUCUAUUGCUAAUAUUGAAUUCCAAUUUAAUGUCAAGAAGGUGCCACUUGUCAGAAUGAAAGCUCACACUGCUGUCAAAGUUGAUAAUGGACCAACCAAAGUUGUUAACAUGGGUGGUUUGUUUGGAUUCGAAAGAUUAUUCGAAUAUAUUAACAAUGAUGGAAAGGAUGGUUAUCAAGUUAAUGGAACAGACACUAUCGUUCGUUCAAUUGACUUGUCAACUGUUUCUUGGUCUCAAAUCACAGUUCAAAAGACAGUUUUGAAUGGUUCUUCAAAUUCUUUCAUUUAUGAAGCUUCUUCCCAAGCAACUAUUGCCAAUUGGUGUACUUUCAAAAUGUCAGCUGUCGUUUCUACUAGUGAAGUUCAAGUUACAAGCAAUAAGACUCUUUCUCGUUCUGGAGUUAUUCAAGUUUUGACUCCUUCCUCACUCAAAGUUAAUGUUGAAUUGACAAAUAUUCAAUAUACUGCUGGUAAUUCCUUAUUAGGUAUUAGUUCUAUCACUGCUUAUCGUGGAAAUUUGAAAGAAAAACCAACUCAAGAUAAGCCAGUUGAAGAAAAGCCAGAUGAUGCUUCUCCUGAUCAAGCUGUUAAUCAAUUUGAUGGAGAUGUCACUGAUCAAACUGGUUCUUCAGCAGUUGUUUUGCCAAAAGCAUUCUUCUCAUUCCAAACAUUUGUUUCUAAAUAUCCAACUAGCUCACCAACAAGUAUUUCUAGAUCUACUUUGGGAGUUUCACCAUUCGUUGAUGCUAACGAAGAUUCUGUCAAGCAAAUCAGAGAUGAUUUUGACACUAAGGGAAAGGUAAAGAGAUUUUAUGUCUCCUUAUUGGAAAGAGUUGAUAAUUUCGUUUGGGAUCCGACUGUUGGAUCAAGCACAUCUGGAAGUAAUGGAAUUUGGAGAGGAUUCAGUGUUGUUUUGAUGAUUUGUUUUGCUUUCUUCAUGUUGUAA